AUGUCGCUAAGGGAACGGAGGCGAUAUGCUGCCGGCAUCACAAUUUUGUUAGGAGUUGUGAUCAUAUGGGUUAGCUCCUCUUUCUUAAUGAAUCACAUUUUUGAGGAGCAGAAGUAUAACAAGCCUUUUGCCAUAACAUAUAUGAAUACCGCUUCCUUUUCGUUAUAUCUAUUAAACUUACUAUUUAAAAAAAAACGCACUAUAGAUAAACAAAGGAUAUUGGAUUUCAAUCAUGCGUUAUACGAUACCAAUUCUCGAUCUUCCAUCGAGUCAAUUAGCGACCGUUCUGUAAAUUCUAAUGAAGGCGACGGUAUGAAUGAUCAUAAUAUGUAUUCUACGCCACAAAGCAGUACAUAUGCAUUAGGAUUACAUAAUGACAUCAACUCUUUUUCUAUGCGCACGCAUCGUCCCACAGGGAUUCGCCAUUACAUUGACCCGCAUGAUCUACUUUCAUCCGUUCGCGAUGAAGAAAAGCUUAGGAUACGUGAGGUCGCCAGAUUAAGUUUUUCUUUUUGUGUGUUAUGGUUUGCAGCCAACUGGUGCACUAAUGCAUCCCUGGCGUAUACGACCGUUGCGAGUAGUACAAUUUUAGCGUCUACAUCAGCACCCGACGAGAACCAGCAUAAUCCCAUCAAUCAUUUGUUUGGUGAUUCCCUUGCGCUUAUUGGUGCAUUUUUCUACGGUUGCUACACGGUUUUGCUGAAGCUUCGAAUACAAGAUGAAUCUCGCAUUAACAUGCCUUUAUUCUUCGGUUUCGUUGGUCUUUAUAAUAUAUUUUUAUUAUGGCCAUUCUUUUUGUUACUUCACGUUACGGGUGUUGAGGAAUUCCAACUUCCACCCGAUGGUAACGUUUGGAUUAUGAUAAUGGUUAAUGCGUUGGUAGGUACAUUUCUUUCAGAUUAUCUGUGGCUCUUGUCUGUACUCUUGACAUCACCAUUAGUGGUUACGCUUGGGCUAUCAUUGACAAUACCAUUAGCAUUAUUUGGGGAUUAUGUCUUCAAAGGAAUAAUCAUGAACCCAGGAUAUUGGCUUGGUGCUUUGCUGGUAGUGGGCGGUUUUCUUGGUGUCAAUCUGGAAACAGUUAAAGAGAGAAAACACGAACACAAGUUUACCUCGUUAUUGAUUGAUGAGCCUGUCACCAUGGGAAAUCAAGUCCCUUCUGAAUAA